GCGAGGUUGCAGCACUCCUUCAAGCCGGGAAAUGCUUACUGGUGGACCUGCGUGAUGGUGACCGGAAUGUCGGAACCAUCCACGGUGCUAUUAACGUCCCGGCCAUCAAGCGGACUAACGGCAGUGUCACUUUACCAUUCUUUGCCCAGCACCUUGGGCCUUGA